GCUGCAACAUGCACCUCUUGCUGCACUUUGUCUAGUUUUACGCGCGAGAUAAUACCAAAAAAAAAAGUAUCGGGCAAUAAAAAAGUCCCCCGUGCAGCUAUUCCGUAAACAUAUCCCUGCACAUUUGUAAUUGCGAUAUUGAUAAACAUUGUUUUGCAUCAAUCGGAACUGCUGGUGAAUUAAUCGGCGAUAUAUUAGCUUAUAAACCAAAUACACUUACAUACAAACAUUAUUCGUUCAAGAUAAUCGUGUAAUUAAAGUGCGUUUAAUUGUAAUGAAUCUCAUAUCACUAAAAUGUGAUAACAAUUUGCUCUGCAAAUUCGCAAACGGGAGACGUAUUUUGUGAUUGAUGUGAGAGUUGAUUUUGGCUACCGUGUCCGGUUUUAGUGUGCUCGUUCUCUGUCAACAGUUGUACGUACAAUUUAAACUCAAUGCAACAGGAAGUUGCACGGAAAAGUGUGAAUAAAAGAAAAAUUCUUUGACGAUUUACAAAUCUCUAUCGCUGAUAGAAGAAAGACUUAAUCGACAGAGAAAUCAAUUGACAUCUCAACGCGCAAGUGAAAAAUGGCUUAGAAAUCAGAGAAACGCAGUGGAAGACGGAGAGCGCGAUCGACCGGAAACCGCAGCGGAGAUGCGUCAACAGUGAGACCGACAGAAAGAGAAAGAGAGUGAGCGAAAAUCCCUCAAGAUGCAUCUACUCAUCUUUACCUUUUUGCUGCUAUCUUUAACGGGUGGCGUAAGAUUUGGCAACGGUCAUCUGAUAGAUGGAAUUUUCACGGAACCGACUUUGGAACCGGGUUACAAUUUGGUGGCGGUGGUCCCACGUGGCGCCUUGGCAUUGAACGUGACCGAACUUCGUCACACGCAGAACUAUCUUGCGAUUAGAUUGCAAGAUGGCAGUUACCUGUUGAAUGGAAAUUAUACUAUCAACUGGUCCGGUGAGUACAAGGCGGCCGGAACAACAUUUGUCUACCUGCGUCAGGGUUCUCAGAAUUUAGAGAGUUUUUCUGCCGCCGGACCAUUACAGGAACCUAUAGAUGUCAUGGUUUUGUAUCAGGAACCAAACCCUGGAAUUGUUUAUCGAUAUGUGAUUCCUGGAAAUACGAAUUUAUCGAGAAGCAGUCAUCUCGCGCAUAACGCAGUUUCAAAUAAAGGUAUCGAGCCUGGUUUACAAAAUAGAAGGUUUGACAAUGGAUCUGCAGCGAGUAAUGUAACAUCUCCAUCACAUCUACCGCGGCGUUACAAGAGAAGAAAAUUUGCUUGGAAGGCGAUUGGUUACAGCGAUUGCAGCAAAUCAUGCGGUGGAGGUGUUCAGACACUCAGACACAUGUGUAUCAAAGAGCAUACGCAGCAACAGGUGCCGGAGAAGAGAUGUCACGCGUUAGAAAAGCCGCGGGAAAUUCGUUUAAGAUGCAAUACUAAGCCAUGUCCGCCUAGAUGGCGUGGCGGACCAUGGAGUGAUUGUUCCACUUCCUGCGGUGCCGGAGUUCGCACCCGGGAACUCGAGUGUGUUCAAGAAGUGAAACCGUCGUUAACGAUGAGGAUUGCCGAUGGUGCUUGCACGGAAUCAAGAGAUUUACCGACGAGUGAGAUAUGCGAGAUGCCAGUAUGCGAGGAGAUCAAGCAGACGUCGACGCAAACGUCCUCUCAAUCAUCGUCAUCGCGAUGGACUGUAGGCGUUUGGUCACAGUGCUCCACGUCCUGCAGCAUAGGGAAAAGAACGAGAGUCGUAACUUGCAUUACCGACGAUGCUCCGUGUGAUCUUUCAGAGAAGCCUGAAACACAUGAAACCUGCGACUUGGGACCGUGUCUAGCGAAAUCAACGCCAUUGAGCAUUGUCUCCAUGAACCUUCAGAGUCCGCAGUGGUUAUAUACUGAAUGGUCUGAGCAGUGCUCGGCGGAAUGUGGAACAGGAGUUCAAACUAGGAGAGUUCUUUGCGAGAUAAGUUCUGACGAAGAGUACUGUGAUGAAUCUAACCGACCUGAAAUUUCUAGAGAUUGCGCGAGUAACAGAACUUGCAGCGGUCAAUGGUUUACAGGAGCGUGGACGAAGUGUUCCUCAAGUUGCAACCUGGGUGAGCAAGUUAGAGAUGUGGUAUGUGUUACAAGUCUUCGGGGCUCUCUACGUGUCGUCCUAGACAUGAAUUGUCCUGCGAACAAACCAGAAACUAAGAAAUCUUGUAGAGAACGUUCUUGCGUAUCUACUUGGUUUAUAUCGGACUGGACGGCGUGUUCACGAUCCUGCGGUAAAGGUAUUCAGAAACGGGAAGUCCGAUGCUUGAAUGCGGACGGCCAAUUACCGGAACCUCAUCAGAUUCACUGUCGAGAGGACGAUCGACCGAUAUCUCGAAGGACAUGCAACGAUUAUCCUUGCAAAGAUGAUUUACGCGCGUCUGAAAAUUCUCACAGGGUUCUGCAAGUUCAGGACGAUCCCGAAAUAACGAAUGGUGUUGAGAACAAUCCACUUUGCAAGGAUAAAAUAGCUAACUGCAAUUUAGUCACGCAAGCUCGGCUUUGCUCUUACCAAUUUUAUCAAGAGUCUUGCUGUCUGUCGUGUUCCCGAACCAAGCAAGAUUCGGAGUAAAAAUUUGUCGACAAUUAUGUUUAUGAUGACGCUUUAACGCAAAAAUCUGCCUUUAGUAGUAUUCUCUGUUAAUAUAUUGUCAAUUAAAACUCAAUUUUCAUCGUCUACUGGUACCGAUAAUCCCGAUAAUUUUUUAUGUUUUAAUAAAUGCAUCUGUAUAGCAAAAC